CUUCAUUUCAUCCAUACUUGGCUUCGACCCCUACUUUGUCCUUCGGUGACUCGAAGCAGACACACAAAGAGCUCCGAGCUGUUCCAGUUGCAAGGCUAACGUACGGCAGAGUCUCUAUCUGGAACCCACGAAGAAACAUUGAUUGAAAAGAUGGCACUCCCAAUGCCAGAGCCAACUGUUCCUCCUCUCCCACUGACCCAAUACAGGGCGUUAUCAUUCGACAUCUACGGCAGCCUGAUCGAAUACAAAGCUCACAUACUCGACGCAUUUCAACCGUUAAUCUCACGUCUCCCCGCAUCGUCACCGUAUCGGAACCCGGCACCACUCUCGACAACGGUGUCCAACCCAGCCAGCGUUGGGUCUAUCGAGUUUCUGAAGGCUUUUCAACGACAAGAAGACGCCAUCAAGCUGGAAAAGCCGGUCAAACGGUUCGACGAGAUUUUGAUGGAAAUCUGGAGACGCCUGGCCCGAGAACUCGACGUUUCUAGCAGUGAGGAGGAGGCGCGGGCCUUUGGCAGCGAGGCGGUCAUAGCCAGCUGGCCUACAUUUCCAGGGACAUUGGACGCCUUGAAGUCUCUGGGCAAACACUACAAACUCGUGGCUCUAUCGAACGUCGACAACUACGCGUGGUCGAUCACUUCGACGUCACCGGUGAGCAAGCUGGGCGAGGUCGACUGGUGGAAGGCUUUCACGGCCGAGGACUUUGGGGAAGAGGCCAAACGUGCCGACGAGAUCAAGUUGGAGACGGUCGUGGAUUACUGCGCCCGGAACGGAGUCGAGAAGGAAGAAAUCCUGCACGUCGCCCAGAGCCUCGGACACGACCAGGCGCCGGCGAAGAGAUUGGGGAUCAGCAGUGUCUGGUUGAUAGGCGACGGGCCGAGAUGGGGCAAAGAGGCCGAGAGUAAGAUGGCUCUGGAGAAGAAGUUGGUGGGAUAUGCCUGGAGAUUCGACGACUUGAGAGCAUUUUCCGAGGAAGUCGAACGUGCCUUUAACAGGGAGUGACACAAUGGCGACCACAUCACUUGCGGUCACUCGAAAUACACCCCAUGAUAACGACCAAACUUCAGAAUUCCAAAAGCCUUUCCAUGACACGUUUCAUCUUUCAUCUCGAAAUCACAAUUCCUUUCGACGGUUUGACAACAAGAACUCACAGAGUGGCUCUGCUUGGCGUGGUGUGGGUUUUUGAGCGUUUGACACCUGAAAGCCCGUUCGGCCGGGUGUCUUGGUGUUUUCUUGGAUUUCUUGACAUCAAACAACUUUCACUCCCAUUUGAACAUUUGCACGUUCCAUACUCACG